AAGCAUGGCUAAAAUACAUUAAGAAAACAAGGUCAGACAGUGAGUUCAUACUUUAAAGCUCUCUAAGACCCUUAAGAAUGUAUCUCUUAUCCAGUACAAAAUAAGAAUCACAUUAUUGUCUUUAAGGUUCAUGUUUUUUGGAUACAGCAGCACUUCCUGGCCCUUGAGGCCCCGUGCGGCCCAGCUGUGUGUGCACUUAAACACAUCAUCCCAUGUGACCCAUGUUCAGUUGUCGAAUUUCUGCCCUCCUGCCUGAUGUCAGGACAGCUAACCUGACGGAAAAGUGAACGUUUGAGCAGCUUCUGGUCUCUAAUUGUGUUCACUGAGCCACAAGACUCUCAGCUCAGCAAACAGCAGUCAGACACUCUCAGCAGAUGGCCUCUCUGGAACAGGUGGGUGCUCAUUACUACUUCUCAUGGGAGGUAAUGUCCAUCUCAGCUAUGACCUUGUGAUGAUUUAACUGACUUAUUGUCUUUUGUUUGUUUGUCUGUUUUAACAUAUAGAGGACAGAGGGAAUGACUGCUGAGCUUGGCUGAGUUGUAACGCGUUGACUGCAAUAUGUUUUUGUCUUCUUUCGCAGCGAGAAUCUGCCAUUUUUCUAAAAGUUGUCAUAAUUAUUUUGCUUAAGGAUUAGAUUUUUGUCUGAUGAAAACGUCACACUCUUAUGGAAACAAAGCACACGCCCACAGUUACGCAACAGAAAGCCAUUGGAAGUCCUCUUACGUUCAGGUCAUGUGACCCUGUGUCAGCAGCGUGGUGAUUUGCAUUCCAGUUAAAUACACCGAACAGGUUUGGACAGGACGCACACUGAGCUGUCUCGUCAACUGUGCCAGAAGUCAUCUGCUAAACAGCGAGCAUGGCGUCGGUAUCAUGCAGCUCCAGCCUGAACAAGGCUGUGCGCCAACAGUACAUGAGCCUGCCUCAGGGGGGGAAGUGCCAGGUCACAUACAUCUGGAUCGACGGCACUGGAGAGGGACUUCGCAACAAGACCCGAACCCUGUACAGCGAGCCAAAAAGCCUGGAAGACAUUCCUGAGUGGAACUUUGAUGGCUCGAGCACAUACCAGGCUGAAGGCUCCAACAGUGACAUGUACCUCAAACCGGUCUGCAUCUUCAGGGAUCCGUUCACACUCGAUCCAAACAAACUGGUCCUCUGUGAGGUCCUAAAAUACAACCGUUUACCUGCAGAAACUAACCAUCGACAGAGCUGCAGCAAAGUGAUGGAGCAGGUUAAAGAGCACAGCAUCUGGUUUGGCAUGGAGCAGGAGUACACGCUCCUGGGAAUAGAUGGGCAUCCGUUCAGUUGGCCCCCUAACGGAUACCCAGCACCCCAAGGACCUUACUACUGUAGCGUGGGGGCCCAGAAUGCAUAUGGACGGGACAUUGUGGAGUGCCACUACAAGGCCUGCCUCUAUGCAGGGAUAAAUAUCUAUGGCACCAAUGCUGAAGUUAUGCCAUCUCAGUGGGAGUUUCAGGUGGGUCCUUGUGAGGGCAUUGAGAUGGGCGACCACCUAUGGGUUGCACGCUUCCUGCUGCAUCGUGUGUGUGAAGAUUUUGGGGUUGUCGCAACACUCGACCCCAAGCCACUGAAGAACUGGAACGGUGCUGGCUGCCACACGAAUGUCAGCACCAAGAAGAUGAGGGAGGAGAACGGACUGAUAUACAUCGAGAAGGCCAUCGAAAAGCUGAGCAAAAAACACAAAGAGCACAUCGCUGUGUACGACCCACACGGAGGGCAGGACAACAUCAGGCGUCUCACAGGUAUCCAUGAAACGUCCAGCAUCGAAGAAUUCUCUGCUGGAGUGGCCAACCGAGGCGCUAGCAUCCGCAUCCCUCGCCAGGUGGGCCAAGAGAAGAAAGGCUACUUCGAGGACCGCCGGCCUGCAUCAAACUGCGACCCCUAUGCUGUGACAAAGGCCAUCGCAAGCACCUGCCUGCUUGAAGAAGAAGAAGGAAGCGAAUAGGAGAAGGGAACCUGCUGUGCGGCAAUUAAAGCUGUAGCGAUUAGCUGAUUAGUCGAUCAAAAGAUUGAUAAUUUUAUCUAACUUUUGCUGAUUCCAGCUUCUUAAAUGUACUUUGUGUGUUUUUGACAUCUUAUUGACUAAACAAUAACAUUGUGAAAAGAGUUAACCUUAAUCAUUCUGAGUUUCACCUCUGAGUUUACCUGAGCUGAACACUUGAAAAACAUCUCCGUGCAAGAUGAAGAAAUGUAGAUUUACCGUCUGCUGUUAUUUCAGUAACUGUCCUUGGAAGUGAGGAAUCGAUAGAAUAUACUGUACGGCAGCUUUGUCAGAACUGGAAAUACGGUUACUCAGUUAUGCCUACAUGAAUAUUAGCCUAUACCACAUUCAAAUGUUAUUAUUGCGUCUUAAUGUAUGUGUUUGGGUGAAAUGAAAUAAAGCGGUCCGACACUUGUUUGUUGUCUUGUCUGUUUGUCCAUGUUGUUUGUUUGUAUUGGCAGAGAAAAUGUAAUAAAAAAAAAAUAAAAAAAUAAAAAACAAGUCAAAAUCAAUUAAUUAGAUUUGGGCA